CUGGUGCUGCAGCCAAGCAGGAGGAAGCUACCACUUCAUGAUGCAGUCAGUGCAGAUUCUGACCUUGGUCCUUCUGGCCCUAGGAGCAUGGGCUGCUCAGAAUUCAAUAGAAAAGGCUGGGUACUGCCCAGACCUUCGCCACGUCUUGUCAGACAUCCGUGACUGUAAACAGAUGUGCAACAAUGAUGCCAGCUGCCCCCAAAACCUGAGAUGCUGCCAACGGGGCUGUAGCUGGCUGUGUUUGAACACCACCCAAGAGAAGGAUGGCAUGUGCCCCAUGGGGACCUCUUCUUCCUCCUCCUCUGAGGAGCAAUGGCGCAAUCGGCUUUGCAACAGCACAUGCAAGACUGACCUGGACUGUGCUGGAGAGGCUAAAUGUUGUGCUAGCUCUUGUGGUCGAAUCUGUUCCAUGCCUAUCAAAGCUAAGCCCGGUCGAUGCCCUGCCAUAGCCGAGGUUUGCCCCAAGAAUAUGUCCUGGAUCGAUAACUGUCAGAGUGAUGAUCAUUGCAACAGAAGUAAAAAGUGUUGUUCUUCUGGCUGUGGUCAGAGGUGUAUGAAGCCUUUGCCAGAGGAGCGUGGAGCAGUAACCAGAAGCUUCCACUGAGAGGAAAGCACCGUACUAGCCCUCUAAGGACUGAACCAAGACAACAGACAGCCCCACUGGCCUACUCCUGGAAGUCCAGAUAUUUUUUCUUGGGGCUCCAACCCCCGCAGGUACUAAUAAAGCAUUAACUCUG